AUGAUAAUGAUUGACGGCCAAUCGUUUGGAUUCUCCACUAUUUCAUUGACGAUUCAAGCUAUGUCUUCGACUAAGGCUAAGGACUCUGCUAAAUCUAUGAACCCCAUCUUUGCUGCUACUCCCAAGAACUUCCGCAUUGGAGGAGAUGUUCUGCCUAAGAAGGAUCUCUCCCGAUUCCUGAAGUGGCCCCGUUACGUGAUCAUCCAGAGACAGCGUAAGAUUCUGAGCCAGCGUCUGAAGGUUCCUCCCACCGUGAACCAGUUCAGCCAUGUGUUGGACAAGAACCAGGCUGCUGAGGUGUUCCGUCUGAUGAACAAGUACGCUCCUGAGACGGAGGCCGAGAAGAAGGCUCGUCUGGAGGCUGCUGCCAAGGCGAAGGCUGAGGGCAAGCCCGUGGAGGAGAAGCGUGCUCUGGUUGUGAAGUACGGUCUGGACAACGUGACGAAGCUGGUGGAGCGCAAGAAGGCCAAGCUGGUUCUGAUUGCCAACGACGUGGAUCCCCUGGAGCUGGUGAUGUGGCUGCCCGCUCUGUGCCACAAGAUGGGCGUUGCGUACGCGAUCGUGAGCGGCAAGGGCCGUCUGGGCGCUCUGGUGCACCAGAAGACCGCUACUUGCGUGUGUCUGACGGGAGUGAACCCUGAGGACGAGGCGGCGCUGAACUCGCUGCAGGAGAGCUUCACCACCAAGUACGCCGAGAACAAGAAGUGGGGUGGCGGUAUCAUGGGACUGAAGACUCAGCGCAAGCUGAGCAUUCGUGCCGCUGCCAUCGCUGCUGAGAAGGCCAAGAGAGCUUCUCUCUAAGCUGAUUGUGAGGCUACAUGAAGAAAGAAAGGAAGGAAGGGUGGAAUCGUCAUGGGU